AUGACUCGAGUGACUGGAAAUCAGGAAAAUGGAAAUAAGGAAACCGAAACUUCCUCGUCGUACGAUCAGCUUCAACAGCAACUUACGACACUUGGCUACAAUGAGACUUUUACCUCCGAGUCUAUUUCGCUUAUUCAAAAACUUCUCGAUGACUUUCUUGUCAUUGAAGAGAAAUGUCAACUAUUAAAAUCACAAUAUCAAAAGGUUGAAAGAGAGAAAUGGGAGUUACAAUGCCAGACCGAGCCUCUUCGACGUACACUUGUCUCUCUCACGAAAGAAAAUAAUCAGCUUCGCGUUGAAUUAAUUCAUGCAGCUGACACUCAUGAUAAAGAACAUGUAAAAACCAAUAAUCUUAUUCGAAAGUAUGAGAGAGAAAUCUCCGAGUUGAAAUUUUUAAAUUUGCAGUACAAACUUCGAGCUCAACAACUAGAAUCAAAAUUUGAAAGCGAAAGAAAAAAAAUCGAGGAAUUGUUGAACUUUUACGAGGAAAUUUGCAUUGCAGUAGGAAAAGAAACUGGUGAAAAUGUAUUAGAACCCGUUCUCGAAUACCUUGGUUUAGAAGAACCUUUAGAUCCUAUGGAAGACAAAUUCGACAUCUUUGUACAACCAGAUCCUCAUGUAGUGGACAGUAUACAACUUAGUCAGAAGAGAAUUGAAGAGCUUGAACGAUCAAAUAAAGAAUUGUCGGAUAAAGAAAAUGAUCUUCAGGAACAGAUUUCUAGCCUCGAGCAAAGAUUAUUGUCGCGUGAGAAAGAAAUAGCGCGUUUCGGAACUUUAUUGAUUAAUAAACGUUCCGGAUUAAACAGUGGCUCUCCUACUGAUGCAUCAAAUUCAAAGCUUCAACAACUUGAGACUCAAUUGGAAUAUUUGCAUGAUCACGUCAUUGGAUUAGAACAGGUAUACAUGUUCAGACCAUUUGGACUAUGCUGA